CACAAUUAAUCAGAAGGAACAAUUUACGCUGAUUUCGUUACUUUCUCUAGUCUCUACUCUACCAUGGCUUUGGACGCACCUCCUGAAGAAGACAAUCCCAAACGCCGAGCGUCCGAUCAUCCAGACUCACCGGCCUCGUCAAAGAAACGAGAAGUGGUCGGCGAAAUCGCCAAUCUCGACAUCCAGAGCCCAUCCACAAAUGGAGAGAGUUCCUCGACCGAGGAGAGCAAGCAGCUUUCUCCUUGUUCCAUCUACAGGUAUCUUCAUGACAUUGAGAUGGAUGAGAAUAAGAGGCCAUUAGGGAAUUACAUUGGAACAGUUCAGAAAAGGAUGACAAAUGAUAUGCGUGAAAUUCUCAUUGAUUGGUUAAUCGAGGUUACUGAGGAAUUCAAGCUUAUUUCCGAUACUCUUUAUAUCGGCGUUUGUUGCAUCGAUCGUUUCCUCUCUAUUCGUCCUCUCGACAAAAACUACCUCCAGCUUCUCGGCAUUACUGCCAUCCUCAUUGCCUCGAAGCAAGCUGAUAUUUCUCCUCCACCCGGGGAACGGUUGUGCUUUAUGACGGAUAAUACUUACGCCAUCUCCGAGGUUAUACAGAUGGAGAAGGACGUUCUUGAAUGUUUGAACUCUGAUUUAUGCUAUCCCACCUCUAGAAAUUUUCUCAGAAUUUUAAUCGGAAUUUUUCACAGUCACACUAAUGCUCUGCGCUGUACCAAGCCAUUCGAUUACUUGGUCUCUAAGAAAUAUGACCAGCAAAUGGAAUUCUUGGCUUGUUAUCUCUUGGAGCUAUGCCUAUUAUCAUCUAAAUGCAUCAAGUUUUUACCUUCCAUUGCUGCUGCUUCCGCGAUAUUUCUGUCGAGGUUUAUACUUGAACCAAAGGAUCACCCUUGGACUCAAGAGUUAGAAUGCCGAUCAGGAUAUAAGGCAAGUGACCUGCAGGAAUGUGUCCUUGCAAUACAUGAUGUGCACUCCAAUAUCUCUGAGUGGCAUGUACAAGCAGUCCGGGAAAAGUACAUGAAAUCCAAGUUUAUGAGUAUGGCAUCUAUGACUGCGGUAGAAGUUCCUGCAAAUUAUUUCGAGCCUAUUGAUCAAUAAGAUUUUGAGCCCUUGAACAUCAUCUGCACCUUCCACCCACAAAUUUUGUCGAGUCUGUUUCGAAGAGCUCCAUCAACUUAUUACAUAGCGCUCAAUCAGUUUAUUACAGAUGCCAGAGACUGUGAUGAUGUUGUUGCUGUUUUGUAUUAUUUGUAAACUGUCAGAUGUUGCUCUUUGUAUGGAUAGGUAUAUUUUUUUGUUUUAAUUUCUCGGUUUCAAUAAGUAACAGAUCUAA